GUGAAACAUCUGCAUCUCCCUCGUAUCAGUUGUCAACUGCGUCUCAUCUGCUUUCGCUGUGGAUGUUAUUCUUCAUGAUGAUCUGAUCGACUGCAUCUUGGGUUGCUCCCAUAAUUUCUGCGCAGCUGCAAUUUGAGUGCUAACUCUUGUCUUUUUUUUUUUUUUUUUUUUUUUUCCCUUUUCCAUUUAUUUUCUGUGUAAGAAGGCAGUUGUCACAACUGCUUUCACGUCGUUCUUCUGUUUGCCCUGCGUGAAGCAUCGCAAACGCGCGCCGCCAGAGACGGUGUCGUAGAAAUGUCGGGUUUCCCCCUUCCCUCCUUUGGAGGCCACCCACCUUUCCCGCCGCAGUGGCUUCCAGACCAAUCAUCUGGCCAUUCUGCAGAUUCUUACCAGAAAUACAGCCAGCUGCCGCCACAGUCGAUGUAUGUGACAAACGGGGCAGGCUUCAGUUCGAAUGCCCAGAUCCCAGGCUUGGGCACGUUCACUAAUGGGAUGCUACCAACACCGCAAAAUUUUCCUAUACCAAAUGCUACCCCGACCCCUUACUACUCCCAACCAACACACGCGCAGACACCUGGUCCUUCCGUUAAUUUUCAACCAUUUCUACGACCACUCAGCCAGUCUCGAAGCAAUGGCAAAACCACCCACAAUCCAAAUAUCUCCGAGCAGACAAUAGGGGAGGGACGGCCAACCGGCUUGGACCAGGUUGAAACACAUGAUGCCAUGGAUUUAGAUGGCCGUGAAGAAGGUGAAUUGAGUAAUGGGGAGGCAGAUGGUGAUGGUUCACAUGCAGACCAUCGAGCCAAUUCCCAACGUGCGCAUAAGUCACCUGUGAUUGAAAACCAGCAAGUCGGAGACAGUCAGAAGCAAGCCACUCUGAUCAACUGCGACCCAGAAGUGUCCAGUCAAAAUGUAACCACAGCCACGCAAGCACUAUACGCGGGCCUCAAUGCCCCUUCUGGUGAUCCCAAUGCCCCAGCCUAUAUUAACACUUCAACACUACGAUCUCUAAAGGAUCCCUUUACUUUAAGCGAGAAGGAUACCACCAAUGGCUCUCAUCCGCAGGUACCAAACGGAAGAUCAUUAACCCAGCUGCGCAUGCAGGCGCAAGGAGCGCUACUAAAUCUAGCACCUCACAACAUACGGUACAGGGAGUUAGUUAGCGAGGGAAUAGAUCCAGUCAUUCUGAAGGACCUCUACGAGGGUAUCGGUUUGAAAGUCACAACCGGGGGUUCUGCUGAUAAGCAGGCUAUGGCAUCGAGCCAGGAGACUGAAUACCAAGCCCCUGAAGCUGAAUCCACGAGGGGCAAUGCUGUUCCAACUUCCAUAGUCGAAAUGGCGCCGCGCCAGGCUCCCAGCACGUAUAUGCUACCACCAGAGAGUACCACCAAGCUCGCCGUACCAACGGCAAAUUCAAAUACAGCGACAAGCAAACCGUUAGAGCGCAAAGACUUGAUUGCCCGCAUGUUAGCCGCCAAGGCUGGAAAGUCUAUUGCUACCCAACACCAAGAGGCCGCGCCUCCCUCUGCAAGCAAGAACAUCAGUCCAUCUCAGGAGCCCAUACCUCAACCAGAACACUGUGUCUCGAUGAGCGGACAGGCACCAACAUCCGAAGAAAAUCGUGUGAAGGAAAAGAAUAGAGCCCAGACUGAGUUAGCGCGGCAACGAAUAGAGCAGCUUAAGAAAAUGGGACUGACGAAGUCUCAAUCCCAAUCAACUAGCGACUCGGUCUUCGGAACACCGUUAACAACUACCUCUCCACCCAUUGAUACUCUUCCCCUAGCUGCUACCCAACAGGAUACACGAGCCUUCCAGCCUCUACCUAUGAAACAUCCAUUACCUGAACGGCCUCCCGACCCAGAAACAGCUGGUCCACCUCGAAUCCCGGGCUUAUUUAUGACCGGAGCUGAGCCAAUGAUGUCAGAACCUCCUGCCUCCCGAACCAGCCACCAAUCUGCCAUUAUUGAGGCAUCCUCUUCUGUUGUGCGAGUGCCCCGCAAACGACCCCGUGCGUCAGAUUUUACUGAUGACAUUGUCGAAAUCCCCCCACAAAAGCAACAAGGUCAGGGCACCAGGAUAUCAAGUUCUGAUCAUAAAGUCAUCAUCGACAUCAGCGAAGAUGAAUCUAUGUAUGAUGUUGAUGCAGAUGAGUCAAUCGACCAAGCUGGUGCAAAGUUUGUGUCUAAUUCAGUACAAUCGAAGCAAAUGACAAUUCGAGAUGCACCACCACUUUCGGACAUUGCGGCUCGACCAGUUCAAUCUUAUCGUUCGGCAUCUUCGAAUUCGUUGCCACAGACUCCGGGCAAAGGUAGAGAUGAAGAAAAUAUACGAUCAGAGAUAAUGAUUAUGCGGCAAAGGAUCGCAGAAUUAGAAAGGCGGCGUGACGCAAAGCGCGCAGCACAAGCUCAAACUACUGUCGCACCGAAUGACUCUACGCUGUCAUCUGCUGGACCAACGCCUAACCCGCAGAAAGCUGCGAAAACCCUAGAUUUUGCGAAGCUGCCAACCCCUACCCAGGAGUCUCAAUAUCCAGUCGUUUCUCCUAAUCAAAUUCCCUUUGGAGCAACAGCGGCUAUGGCUCCACCAAGUUCACCACUCACCGCACAACCGAAGAGCCCGUCAGCACGAUCGUGGUCUACUUUAGAACCGAAAAAAGCUGAAGAUCUUCGACAAAAGUUCCUCCGAAAAAGGGAGAUUGAGUCUGGCCUCCCAGCACUUGAGGCUGAACUGUCAAGAUCCGAAGCCAGGCUAGCCCAAUUUCGUGAGGAAGAAAAGAAGUUACUUGCUGAAAUUGCCAAAGGAAAGGCAGGGAAACGCCGCUUAAUCGAGGAAUUGGAGGAACUAGGUAUUGAAACCGAAGGUUUAACGUUCGAAGAGCUACAGCUCACCAAGGAUCGUCUGGAGGUUGAGCCUGACAUACAGUCUCCAGUUCGGACGCAAAAUACCUCUGAUUUAACUCAGGCACCGGAGGCUCUUGAGCACCAUACAGCGCCCGUGCAAGCUAUUAGCAGUCCAGAUGAACCUCUAUCCCUGCCACAUAGGCUAGUUGAAGAGAGCUGCGUUUCCACCGCUGCUACAGUCCCGCAAACAUCCCAAGAAGCGAUGGACGUCGCUGCCCAAUCGUCUGAGCACACUAUGCCUAUUCCUGAGAGGGAGGGUAGUGUUUUGUCUUCCCGUUCUAGUUCAGCCAUGGACGAAUCAAUGGGAAGUAGUGCAGAUGAUCAAGAGGCGAUGGACGAAGAUGAAACAUCGUCAUCUGCUUCAGUUUCCGAAGGCGAUAGAUCCCCGCCCUUGACCCAGUCAGGUCAUCUCGCAAAGGACCUGGCCGUUGAUGUAUCUAUGCAAAAAACACCUAUGUUGUCCGAAGAAAACAGCGAAACAAACUUCGUUUCCUCUCCAGAACAGUCAGUUGCAUCUGAUACAUAUGAACCACCUGAGCCUGACGCAGAAAUGCAAUCUGAUUCUUCUGUUGCACCCCCUUUUAGCCCAGCACCAGUUGCCCCUCCGCAGCCCGUGGAUGUUGACUCGGAAACUGUGCCAUUAACCCAAGAUGUUGAAACACUAACCCUAUCCGACCAGAGAUCUCCACAGCCAAUUCAUGAGGAGAAUAUGGAGGAUGUCGAAGACACUGGUCAUCACUUUACUCCCUACAUCAGUCCCCUACGCCUAUUCAGAGCAUAUCGAUAUCACCCCAAUUUCGUAACUGAUAUUGAAGGAGGCUUUCGCUCCCUUACAUAUAGUCAUAAUAUCGAUCAUAACAGGCCGUUGUGUGAAUUCGAAGUUUCAGGUGGUAUUUGCAACGAUCAGUCAUGCCAGAACCAACAUUUUCGGGACAUGAUUUUGAGUGAUGAUAAAAUCCUGGUUGAAAUGGGCUCCCUACGAGAGGGCAAAACGCCAGCAGACCGAGAGGAGUAUGUCACCGGGCUAAAACGAAUCAUCAACGACAUGCGACGGGAUAAAGUGAAAGAUUUUAAUACAGUUGCGACGGAAAUUGCUGCUUAUCGUAGGCGUUUCCUCCAGGACCCCUCCCGAGUUCUAGCAUUAUAAUUUCCAACAGGGUCGGUCCGCUUUGUUCUUUUGUAGCCCUUUUACCCUUUCCAAGAGUGGCCCGAUACCUGGGCAAUCCAAGGUGAGGUGAGAUUGCCGGAGUUGCAAUCGCCCAGCUCGAAUUGGUUUGAAUGAAUAGCAAAUACCCCAAAGGUCUUUUUCCCCAGCACUUUGCGAGGGGAAUCCAGCGCAUCACAAUCUUCUUCCGACUUUCUUGUUUUGCUGCACCAACAGCUUCUAUUCUCCAUCAAUCGCCCUUUCGUAACUGCCUGUCUAUCCUGCUCUGGGAGCAGUAGGUCGGCUCAUCGCCUUUACAAGCAUCGAUGGCGCGGAGUUUGGCUGUCGUAUUCUUCGGGCUUUGACCAAACUUGAAUUUUGACUUAGGCACCCCCUACGGUUUUCCAUUGGUUUAACCGGUUCAGACAGGGCAGUCUUAUUAUUCAGAGGUACCUCCGGCUUUAACUCUUAGGGUCUUCUAAGAUUUGAAGUCGACGAGAAAAGCACGGAUAACCCGACGAUCCUGGUGGCAGCAGUGGGUGGACUCCCAGUCGUGUCUCGGACCUCGUUGGAAUUCGACCUUGUAGCCACCAGUUGCGGUCCUGUUCUGAAGCUCUCGCCAGAAGGACUUCGUUAUUGGCAAAGUAACAGGGUGGAAAAGGAAAGAAACAGUAGUUAUCAAUUUGAAGACGAGAUAUUGGCAAUUUCCACUUUUGCUUGGUUCCA